AUGACGGUGGCUUUUGUGGUUGCAUUGCGGUAUUUCUCUGGACCGGCGCGCUACGCCCAACAGAUCAGGCACGUGGCUAAAAUCACGUGGAAUCACGUGCCUACAUCACGUGGCCUUCCAACCUCAGCCACCACCAACGACCACAAGACCACGCACAUCCGCCCAAGUGGCGCAGCAUCAUCCCACUUUUAUUUUCCCUCACCCAUCAGAGACACCUGGGCAGCGCCCCUCACCGCCCGCAACCUUCCCGGCCCCCGUCUCUCCUCCAAUACGAUUGUCCAGAACCACAAUUUUGUUCCGCAAAGUAAACCGCCUCGCAAACACGCCUGCAAGAUGCCGUCUGGACAAGGAGCUGGUACGAACCCGAUCCAUAACAAGAAGCCCAAGAAGAAGGCUCAGGAACUCGACGAGGACGACCUGGCACACAAGGCUAAGCUUGCUGCUGACAAAAAAGCGCAAGCUGAACUCGCAAAGACGGUGGGCAAGGGCAAAGGCCCUCUAAACACGGGCUCGCAGGGCAUCAAGAAGUCUGGCAAGAAAUGA